AUGUCUGGCUUCAAGAUGGCGAUUUCCGGCAAGGGCGGGAAGGGGCGAGGUCGUGGCCAAAGCACGCUUGCAGCCUUCGGCGACGAUGAGCCAGCUCCAAAGAAGCAGCUGCUGACGCUGCCUCUCGAUGCACGCCCGUCAGGCAAGGGCGGAGAUGAGCCUCCUGCUGCCAAGGAGGUCAAGGUCUCCACCCCGCCGGCCGAGGCUGAGGCAGAUGCUUUAGACGCAUUCAUGGAGGACAUCACGGCCAAAGCUGCCGAGCCCACUGGAGAUGACACGAGCGUCUCGAAGAAGGCUCUGGCAUCCUGGGAAGACAUGCCGGAAGAUGAUCACGUGGCUUCCUAUUGCGAGCUUUGCGAUCAGAAUGCUGGCAACGAGGGCGGCGGUGAUGACGAGGAUGACGAAGAGAACGGGGAUCGGCGGAGGAAGCCCAUAGAGCCCCUUCCGCGGGUGAACCACGAGGAGAUUGAGUACGCCGAUGUAGAAUUCGCUUUUUACAAGGCACACCCGGAGAUCGAAAUCCUCGGCGAGGAGGAGGUCGCACUCAUCCGAAAGGACUUUCGCUUGACCGUCACAGGCUCGAACUGCCCUCGGCCAGUGGUCUCUUUCGCCCACCUCAGACUUCCAAAGGAGCUGCUGGAUGGCAUCCGCAAGAACAACUACAGCAAGCCUACGCCGAUCCAGGCACAGGCCUGCCCGGCCGGACUCAGCGGGCGUGACGUGAUCGGCGUGGCCGAAACGGGCUCUGGAAAAACCGUGGCCUACCUCAUGCCGCUGCUCGUCCAUUGCGCCGCGCAGACCGAGCUGAAAAAGGAUGAGGGCCCUAUCGGGCUGGUUCUCUGCCCAACGCGUGAGCUAGCUGUGCAGAUUGAGAAGGAGGUGUACAAGUUUAACAAGCUGCUUGGAUUGAGGAGCACCACUUUCGCAGGAGGUUUGUCCAAGUACCAGCAGUUCAAGACCAUCAAAGGCGGCAGCGAAAUCGUGAUCGCCACGCCAGGUCGCCUGAUCGACAUCGUAAAGAUGAAAGGCUGCAACCUCCGGCGGACCACAAUUGUGGUCCUUGACGAAGCCGACCGCAUGCUCCAGAUGGGUUUUGAGGAUCAGAUACGUUCUGUCCUCCAGAAUGUGCGGCCGAAACGGCAGACGCUGCUGUUUUCGGCCACCAUGCCGCCGCGCAUUGAGCGACUCGCAGCAGACUUCCUUGAGCAUCCCGUGCGAAUAACAGUGGGCACUGCCGGGCAGGCGGCUGCAAACGUUCGCCAGCAGGUUUGGGUCCUCAACAGCGACGACCAAAAGUUUGGGUGGCUUCAUGCCAGGGUGGACCAAAUGCUGGCAAAGGGGCAAACCCUAGUGUUUGUCAAGUCGAAGCAGGCGGCCCAGGAGCUCCAGCAGAAGUUCGCAGACGUUCAAAAGACAGCUGCUGUGCUUCAUGGAGACCUGGAGCAAGACGAGCGAAUGAGGGUGAUAGACAACCUCCGGAAGCAGCGCGAGAACCUUCUGAUAGCGACCGAUGUCGCUGCCCGUGGCCUGGACAUCACCACUAUUCGCACAGUGGUUUCCUUUGAUGUUGCCCGCGACAUCGAGACCCACACGCAUCGAGUCGGUCGGACGGGCCGCGCAGGUGCCACCGGCGAGGCAUUUGCACUGCUGAGCCGUGAGGCCAAGAAAGGCAAGGGUGAAGCGAAUCACCGAAAGAUGGCUGCUUUGCUCGUGGAGCACCUUGAGGACGUGGGCCAGGAGUCCAGUGCAGAGCUUCUGGCCAUGGCCAUGGACUAUCCCCCGUUCAAGGCUGCGCGGGCUGCCGGCCUGCGCUUCACCGGGGAGGCCCCAAAGGGCCAAGGGCGCCCUGCGCAGCAUACCAACGGUGAUGCCCGGGACCGAUCGCGGUCACGGCCCCCACACUCUGGCGAGUAG